AAGAGAGGAGAAAAUUCUACAGGCAAACUCUAUAAUAUUUCCUCUAAUUUCUCUUAAACCUUCUCACUCAUUUUCUUCUUAAUUAUACUAUUUUCUUUCAUUUUCCCCUUCCACCCCAAGUUCCAAACAGAGCCUAUGGUUUUGGACUGAGAAAAAAUAGGAGUGUAUUUAGAAGCUCCCGCCGCUUGAGCUUCAAGCGUUGGGAUGUCCGAGAAGAAGUAAAGAACCAAAUUCCAACCUACCAAAUUUGAACCAACCCAACUCUCUCUCUCUCUCUUUCUCUCUGAAACUACACUCUUCAGAUCGGAAACUUAGACAGAGAAAACCCUCGGAGAGGCCAACAAUGGCGAGCCCUUCGUCCCCGAAUUUGGAAGACAUUCCUUCAACGGAUCUCAUGACCGAACUACUGCGUCGAAUGAAAUGUUCCACCAAACCUGACAAACGCCUCAUUCUCAUCGGCCCACCUGGAUCUGGAAAAGGCACGCAAUCACCAAUUAUUAAGGAUGAGUACUGCUUGUGUCACUUGGCUACUGGUGAUAUGCUUAGGGCUGCUGUUGGUGCUAAAACCGCUCUUGGGAUUAAGGCCAAAGAAGCGAUGGAAAAGGGAGAACUUGUUUCUGAUGACUUGGUUGUUGGAAUAAUUGAUGAAGCUCUGAAGAAGCCUUCAUGUCAAAAAGGUUUCAUCCUUGAUGGAUUUCCAAGGACUGUUGUCCAAGCACAAAAGCUUGAUGAGAUGCUUGAGAAGCGUGGUGCCAAAGUUGAUAAGGUUCUCAACUUUGCAAUUGAUGAUGCUGUCUUGGAGGAGAGGAUUACCGGUCGCUGGAUCCACCCUACUAGUGGUCGGACCUACCACACCAAAUUUGCACCUCCUAAAGUACCUGGUGUGGAUGAUGUCACUGGAGAACCUCUGAUUCAACGUAAAGAUGAUACUGCAGCUGUUCUCAAGUCAAGGCUAGAGGCAUUUCAUAAGCAAACUGAACCUGUAAUCGACUACUAUGCCAAGAAGAGUAUUGUUGCUAACCUUCCUGCAGAGAAACCGCCGAAGGAGGUAACUAUCGAGGUUCAGAAAGUGCUCUCAUCAUGAAGACAAACCAAUCUUACUUUAACUUGGAAUUGGGUUAAACAUUUCAUACUGCAAGAUUUUGCUCAGAUGUGUAUCCUCACAUAUUCCUAUAUCACUAACCCAGCGGCCAUUCAUUUUGUGUUGCUUUACUUUAUACACUGGUUUUAUGAGCUCUCGGGAUGGGAUGAAUCUCCAAAAUAAACAAUUAGUACUAGAACUUAUCAGUCUAGUUUGAGAAUGCUGCUUUUGUUUUUUUGUGUGGUGACUGCAUAUCAGAAGUUAACUAGUAUUGGAAAAUGGAUUCAGUGCAGAUUUUGGGAGGAGUUUCCAUAUAUGGACAUGCUUGAAAUGUCGUAAUAGUCCCUUCUCACAAGAUGCAAAAUUGUUCAAGCCUACAAUGAAAUUGAGAUAUGUUUUUUGACA